CCAUUGUGAUAUAUCUACGGACCAAUCUGAACCGCGAAAGUCCAGCUCGGCGGGGUCAAAAGGUCUGCGAUUGAGACGUGGCGCUCGGCACACGUGGAGAAAGUCCACACACCGGUGUGUGUAGAUCGAUAGAUAGAGCUUAAAGUUCGGUGGAAGUUCUCCGGAGUCCGGGUUCUCCGAUGUGGCUCUGGGAGUAUAUUAUGCAAAUCAGACAGCGACGGGAGACGCAGCGCAAAGUCAGAGUUCCCCUGGUUUACCUGGGCAUAGGUGCUGCUGGCUUCUGCGCCCUCUACCUGAUCUUCGGCUAUGGCGCCCAGCUGCUGUGCAACAUCAUUGGGGUCUUGUAUCCAGCAUACAUCUCCAUCCAUGCCAUCGAGUCCAGCACAAAGCAGGACGACACUAAAUGGCUGAUCUACUGGGUCACCUUUGGCAUCUUCACCGUGAUUGAAUUCUUCUCGGGCCUGCUGACCUCGAUAAUCCCCUUCUACUGGCUAUUGAAGUGUGCUUUCCUCAUCUGGUGCAUGCUGCCAACGGAACAGAACGGAUCCACCAUUAUCUACCACAAGCUGGUGCGACCUUACUUCCUGAAGCACCACGAAUCCGUCGACAGGAUCAUCGACGAUGGCAUGAAGAAGGCCGCUGGAGUGCUAAAGCACGAUUAGGAUGGAAACUCCGCCUGCAGCUCGCUUGCCCAUGCAUUUGGUUUAGGGCCUAAUUCACCACCUCACCUCGUAUCGGUUACGUUUUGCAAUAAAUUUUAAAUGUGUA